UCUGCGCACGCGCAAUAGACAUUCCAUGACUUCCGGGCACUUCGUAAGGUUUAAAUAAGGAUGCUUCGCGUUUGCUCCCUCUUUUGGAGACAGAUUCGCAUUCGUCGCUUCUUCGUCUUGGAUUUGUUAAGGAUUCCAAGUAACUCUUAUUUGGAAAGAAGACGAUCUGCACUUCACAUUUUGGCAUUGACAUUUAAUUUUAGGGUCCUUUAUAUAGAAAGGAGAGUAGGUAAACUGAUUUUUUUUAACAGGGAGGGUCUGACGAUCUUUGGCAGACUUGGAGCAAAAGAUUGAGGUGCAUUGCAUGCCUCCUUUUGAGAGUCUUGCUCUGUUGCUCAGGCUGUAGUGCAGUGGUGCGAUCUUGGCUGCAACCUCAGCCUCCCAAGUAGCUGGGAUUACAAAUGUAAGCUACCACACCCAGCCCUCAUACCUCUUUUAAAAGUCACCCCGUUUUGCAGAAAGUCUGCUGUUUUGUACUGAAGGCUUUGGAAUUUGGCAUUUAGCUAGGAAUGCACGUUCUUUCACCUCAUUCACACUUUAAGAACCACAGAAGUGACUCUGCUUGGCCAGAAGGCACACAGUGUUGGUGGUUAUAUUAAAAGUCCUUGAGUAUUUUGCUUUUGUGUUUUUAUUUUUUUUGAGACGGAGCCUCGUUUGUCUCCCAGGCUGGAGUGCAGUGGCAUGAUCUCGCUCACUGCAACCUCUGCCUCCCAGGUUCAGGAGAUUCUCCUGCCUCAGCCUCCUAGUAGCUGGGACUUAUAGGCGUGUAGCACCACACCUGGCUGAUUUUUGUAUUUUUAGUAGAGAGGUUUCACCGUAUUGGUCAGGCUGGUCUCAACUCCUGACCUCGUGAUCUGCCCGCUUCGGCCUCCUAAAGUGCUGGGAUUACAGGCGUGAGCCACCCUUCCCGGCCACUUUUGAAUGAUCUCUAAUGUAUCUGUAAUUUACCUAACAUUGCUUAAUCUGCUAUGUUAAUGUAUUUAUGAAUUAAAAUAAAUGACUGUACAUGUUUGUGGUUCAUUUUUGUGGAGAUGGCUGUGGUGACAUCAGCCAAGAAUCUAUGAAUGGUACUGCUGAAGGAAACUAGCAUGAUAGCUUCAGUUCUAAAGGCCCUGAAACCUAGUCUCAGGUGGGUCUGCCUUGGGUUCCCUUUAUUGGCAGUUUAUUGGGAAGAUGGAUAUUAGGUCCUGACCAAUAGGACCGUAAGUUUGGGUUGAGUGCAAGAUGAGUUGUUAGACCGAUUCUUUAGCUUCCUGCAAUGUAGUGGAGGAAAAGUCGAUGGUAGCAUUGGGAGGUUGUGGUAUCCCUAGCGGAUGAGUUGUAUGAGCCUUUACUACCUGGUGCACCUCAGCCUGAAGAUUGCCAGAAUUGCUUGCCUCAUGACAUGAGUCAUAAUGGAAACUUUGUCAAGCCCCCUGCACUGGCUGCCAACAUAAAUGUUCAGUGCCCUGAAGGAUGGGGACUGAAGGGGGAUCAUCUGGAAGCUACACGAAUGCAUAAGAUCUUGGAGGAAGACAGCAGAGAGAGAGAGAGAGAGAUCAGAGAUCCCAUGGUUAAAAGUUGGAGAAAUUUCACAGUACAUCAUCCAAAAGAGGAGUCCAUGAUGGAGACAGAGGUAAACUUGGAGAGACCCUACCGCACGAGAUUUUCCUAAACAGCCCGAACUCAAGGAGUCUUUCUGGUUGUUAGUCCACGUGUUCCGAUUUGGGAUUUCAAAAAUACACACCCACUGGAACCCGGCCAGGGGAGCCAGCCUGGCCAAGGGCUCCCCCAGCCCGGUAGCGCGCCACAUGCAGAUCCUGGGAUGGCCGCCAGGGGCCGCCGGGCUCUUUGUUUUCCUUUCUCGCCCGGGUCGGGGCCAGAGGCCUGCAGAGCGCAUGCUCUGGGGCAGUUCGCGGCCCGGCGGGGAGCGCUGGAGUUCCUUGUGGCCGACGAGCACCAAGGACAGGAAAAUGUCACCCAAGCGCAUAGCUAAAAGAAGGUCCCCCCCAGCAGAUGCCGUCCCCAAAAGCAAGAAGGUGAAGGACGCGAGGGCCGCUGCCUCCCGCCGCGUUCCUGGCGCCCGCUCCUGUCAAGGUGCCUGCGGGCCGAGCCCUCCCGACCAGAAAACCCGACCAGUCUCGCACAGGUCCCACAGCACAGAACCCGGCUUGGUGCUGACACUAGGCCAGGGCGACGUGGGCCAGCUGGGGCUGGGUGAGAAUGUGAUGGAGAGGAAGAAGCCGGCCCUGGUAUCCAUUCCAGAGGAUGUUGUGCAGGCUGAGGCUGGGGGCAUGCACACCGUGUGUCUAAGCAAAAGUGGCCAGGUCUAUUCCUUCGGCUGCAAUGAUGAGGGUGCCCUGGGAAGGGACACAUCAGUGGAGGGUUCGGAGAUGGUCCCUGGGAAAGUGGAGCUGCAAGAGAAGGUGGUACAGGUGUCAGCAGGAGACAGUCACACAGCAGCCCUCACUGAGGAUGGCCGUGUCUUCCUCUGGGGCUCCUUCCGGGACAAUAACGGUGUGAUUGGGCUGUUGGAGCCCAUGAAGAAGAGCAUGGUGCCCGUGCAGGUGCAGCUGGAUGUGCCUGUGGUAAAGGUGGCCUCAGGAAACGACCACUUGGUGAUGCUGACAGCUGAUGGUAACCUCUACACCUUGGGCUGCGGGGAACAGGGCCAGCUAGGCCGUGUGCCUGAGUUAUUUGCCAACCGUGGUGGCCGGCAAGGCCUUGAACGGCUCCUGGUCCCCAAGUGUGUGAUGCUGAAAUCCAGGGGAAGCCGGGGCCACGUGAGAUUCCAGGAUGCCUUUUGUGGUGCCUAUUUCACCUUUGCCAUCUCCCAUGAGGGCCACGUGUACGGCUUUGGCCUCUCCAACUACCAUCAGCUUGGAACUCCGGGCACAGAAUCUUGCUUCAUACCCCAGAACCUAACAUCCUUCAAGAAUUCCACCAAGUCCUGGGUGGGCUUCUCUGGUGGCCAGCAUCAUACAGUCUGCAUGGAUUCGGAAGGAAAAGCAUACAGCCUGGGCCGGGCUGAGUAUGGGCGGCUGGGCCUUGGAGAGGGUGCUGAGGAGAAGAGCAUACCCACCCUCAUCUCCAGGCUGCCUGCAGUCUCCUCAGUGGCUUGUGGGGCCUCUGUGGGGUAUGCUGUGACCAAGGAUGGUCGUGUUUUUGCCUGGGGCAUGGGCACCAACUACCAGCUGGGCACAGGGCAGGAUGAGGACGCCUGGAGCCCUGUGGAGAUGACGGGCAAACAGCUGGAGAACCGUGUGGUCUUAUCUGUGUCCAGCGGGGGCCAGCAUACAGUCUUAUUAGUCAAGGACAAGGAACAGAGCUGAUGAAGCCUCUGAGGGCCUGGCUUCUGUCCCGCACAACCUCCCUCACAGAACAGGGAAGCAGUGACAGCUGCAGAUGGCAGUGGGCCUCUCCCCAGCCCUGAGCACUGUGUCAGUUCCUGCCUUUUCUCAUCAACAGAACAGAAUCCUUUUCCUCUUUUUCUUCCUCCUCUUUGGAAUUUUCCUGGGACCUACAGAAUAAAGGCGGGGGGAUGGACAGGGGGUUUUCAGAAGGAACAUGGCUCACUCAGAGCUAUAUGGUUAGAUGUUUCUCCCCUUUUCCCUACCUUCCAUGGUCCUGGUUGGCCCUGGCUUUGCCUACUAGAAAACCAAAACUGCCCUCCUGGGGUUUCGUGCCCACUCUCUGAGAAGUUGGGGCUCCAUCAAGCCCCAUUCUAGUCAUGUGCCCCUUUCCUGUCCCUAACAGUCCACAGGCAAACAAAUGGUACAGUCAUAAGAGCCAUCUGUCAUGGACCCACGCCCAGAGGAACAUGCAGAAAAAAGCAGAGCUGCGUGGCUGUGGGCAACUGUAAGCCAAAUAUUUGGCUCAGAACAGGUGUCCAUGGGACAAAAAAGAACGAUCCUCCACUUGACCAAGAAAAAAGUGAUUCUCCCAGAAGCACAAAGCAUACUCUUGCCUCUCAGGCAUUGCUUGUGUACAUCAUACCCAUCCAUUAGGCUUCACGUGCAGCCAAGGGCCUGGAAUCGCAAAGAGAAGCCACGCUGGGCAGAGCAGAGCAGGGUAUGGGGUGGGGAGAGAGGGUGGAGGGUUUUGUAAACAAACUUAACAGCAAUAUUGAAAGGGGGGGAUUGAGGGAGGGACAGAGUGUUAGAGGGCCAGAGACUAGUCCUGAGAUGGAAACAGCAACUUGUACAGUGGCUGAGAAAAUAGGAUAUAGUUUUGAUUUUUUUUAAUUGUAAAAUAUUUUGGAGGGAGAACAAAAUCUUUUAACAUUUUGAAUAAAUUUAGAGUUUUAUAAAA